UUCUCUCUCUUACUCUCGCUUUCUCUAUAAAAGCAAACCCAUCAAACCAAGCAAUUCUCCACACCUUUUCAACCAUGGCUGACCCUUACUCCAACUUCUUCUCAGGUUGGUUGAAGUUCAACCCUCUUCACCACCACCAUCAUCAUUACCCAUCUCCGCCGCCACCUCCUCCUCUUCCUCCCCCUCCCCAACCCACCUAUGCCGUCUCUAACUUCCACCCCACUCAAACCCAUCCUUAUUUCCACUACCAAACCCCUCCACCCUCCCAUCAGAGAAGCCCUCCCCCUCUUGAAUUUGAGCCCGGACCGCCCCGACCAAGAAGAUGAUCAAGAUCAAGAUCAAGAUCAAGAUGCAAACAAUUCCUGCACCGCCAUGGAUGUGGACAAGAUCAGCUCCAAAAACGAAACUGUUACUGUUGCACUGCACAUAGGGUUACCCAGCCCCAGCGCUUCCGAGUUGGCCUCUGUUUUAUCUUCUUCCUCCGAGAUCACGGAUAAAGAUGGAGAUGGGGAUGAUUCUGGCUACCCUUUGAACAGACUCAACAAGGGUCAGUAUUGGAUCCCUACCCCUUCGCAGAUUCUCAUCGGCCCUACACAGUUCUCCUGUCCUGUUUGCUGCAAAACCUUCAACAGAUACAACAACAUGCAGAUGCACAUGUGGGGACAUGGAUCUCAGUACAGAAAAGGCCCAGAAUCACUGAGAGGAACCCAACCUACAGGUAUGCUCCGGCUACCUUGCUAUUGCUGUGCCCCAGGCUGCCGGAACAACAUCGACCACCCAAGAGCCAAACCCCUCAAAGACUUCAGAACCCUCCAAACACAUUACAAGAGGAAACAUGGGAUCAAACCUUUCAUGUGCAGAAAAUGCGGCAAGGCCUUCGCAGUCAGAGGAGACUGGAGAACCCAUGAGAAGAACUGUGGGAAGCUUUGGUACUGCAUUUGUGGGUCGGAUUUUAAGCAUAAGAGGUCUCUUAAAGAUCAUAUUAAGGCCUUCGGAGAUGGUCAUGCAGCAUAUGGUGUUGAUGGGUUUGAAGAAGAAGACGAGCCUGCAUCUGAGGUGGAACAAGAUAAUGAUGAGUCCAUGUAGUGAAAGAAAGAGGAAAAUGGUAUCAAAGCAUUCUUCUAAUUAUUAGCAUAAAUUGGUGAGGCUUUCCCAAGUAAGAACUAUAUAUAUAUAAGCAUCAAUUUACUUGGAAGCAUACCACUUCUUAACCUUUAUUCCUUCCUUCUUGGAGGUAUUCUAGUAGUUUCUAUCAUUUCCCUUAUAAAAUUAGAAAUGUAUCCCCUAAACAUCAUGCUAGCUAGGUUUAAGUUCAUGUAAAUUCACUUCUUCUAUUGAUCAUUUAGAUGCUUAACUUGUUCCUCAUUUUUAGCUGGUGCGCCUUUCCAUUUCUUUC